UCAUUUCCUGAUUCCAGUGAUGGCGGCUGCUGGGCUGAGAGAGGAGCUGAGCUGCCCCCUGUGCUGGGAGAUCUACACCGACCCUGUAACCCUGCCCUGUGGCCAUAACUACUGCCUGCGCUGUAUUGGGAGACAUUGGGAACGGCAGAGGGAUAUAGAGGAAGAUCUAUUCUGCCCUGUAUGUAUCCGGAGAUAUGGGAAACAGCCUGAACUGAACAGGAACCUGACUCUGUGUAACGUAGCAGAACUAUUCCUCCCUACUGACCCACAGCAUGGCGACAUAUGGAUCCCCUGCACUUACUGUGCCCCCCCUGUGCCCGCGGCUAAAUCCUGCCUGCUGUGUGAGGCCUCUCUGUGUGCCACCCAUGUGCAGGAACAUAGCCGGGCAGCAGAACAUGUAUUAACUGUGCCAACGGCUUUGUUUGGGGACAGAAAAUGCUCCGCACAUGGGGAACUGCUGAGAUAUCGCUGCACUGAGGAUGGGGCCCGUGUCUGUGUGUCCUGCUGCCUGGCUGGGGGGCACCGGGGCCACAGGGUGGAGCUACUGAAUGAGGAUAAUAUUGAGAAAUAUAUUCUAGAGAUGGUGGCCGCUAGGCUGGGAUCUGAGCUGACCUGCCCCCUGUGCGAGGAUAUUUAUAAAUUCCCUGUAACCCUGCCCUGUGGCCAUAACUUCUGCCUGCGCUGUAUUGGGGGAAGAUGGCACUGGCAGGAGGGGAUAAGGGUGGAAAGUUCCUGCCCUGAAUGCAGAGAGACAUAUAGGAGACGCCCGGAACUGAACAGGAACCUUCAUGAUAUAGUAAAGAGUUUCCUCCCUGCUCUGAUCCCCUGCACUUACUGUGCCCCCCCUGUGCCCGCGGCUCAAUCCUGCCUGACCUGUGAGGCCUCUCUGUGUGCCAGACAUGUGAGCGAGCACGGCCGGUCACACAAACUGAUAGACUCCAUCACUUUAUUCAGAGAUAAUGUUUGUUCCACUCACCAGAAGCCCCUGGGGUAUUACUGCCGGGGGGAGGAAGCCUGUCUGUGUGAGGAUUGUGUCCCAGAACACGGAGGGCACAGGGUGGAGAAGCUGGAUGAGAAAACUGUGCAAACCCUAAAACGAAUGCAGGAGAGUAAAGAAAAACAAAGAUUCCUUGAAGUGAUGCACCAUUGGGACCUGAGAGACAAACUGAGCUGCCCCCUGUGCCGGGAGAUCUACACCGACCCUGUAACCCUGCCCUGUGGCCAUAACUACUGCCUGCGCUGUAUUGGGGGAACAGGGGGAGAGCGGAGGGAGAAGGGGGGGACACCUUCCUGCCCUGUAUGCGGAUGGGGAUAUGAGAUACGGCCUGAACUGAGGAAGAAUGAGACUCUGUGUAACAUAGUAGAACCUUUCCACCUUUACACAAAGCCCAGGGCCCCCCCUGUACCUGCAGUGAAGCGGGGUUCAUAUCUAACCUGCCCCCUGUGCCAGCUGAUCUACACCGACCCUGUAACCCUGCCGUGUAGCCAUAACUACUGCCUGCGCUGUAUUGUGAGAACAUGGGAAGAGCAGAGGAAGAAGAGUGAGAGUCCUUCCUGCCCUGAAUGCGAAGAGAGAUACUGGAUACACCCAGAAUAUAUCAGGAACCCCAGUCUGGGGAACAUUGCGCAGAAGGUCACUCUGAGGAACACUUUCCUUAUGGUCUUCUGCACUUACUGUAUCCACUCAGCAGAACCCUCAGCCGUACCAGCAACUAAAUCCUGCCUGCACUGUGCCGCCUCUCUGUGUGAGCGUCAUGUGACAGAGCAUAGCCAAUCAGCAGAACAUGUAUUAACUGACCCCACCAGCAGAUGCUCCGCCCACCAGGAGCUGCUGAGAUAUCGCUGCACUGAGGAUGGGGCCCAUGUCUGUGUGUCCUGCUGCCUGGCUGGGGGGCACCGGGGCCACAGGGUGGAGCUGCUGAAUGAGGCUUCAGAGAUAAGAAAUAUUCAAGCCAAACUGAGCUGCUCCAUCUGCCGUAAGGUCUAUACCGACCCUGUAACCCUGCCCUGUGCCCAUAACUACUGCCUGCGCUGUAUUGGGGGAACAGGGGGAGAGCGGGGGCAGAAGGGGGCCAGUCUGUCCUGCCCCGAAUGUGGCGAGAGCACGAGAGAGAUGGAACUGAGCAAGAACCUGACACUGUGUCACAUAGUGCAGUUACUUCCGACUCCCCCUGAGCAGCCGGACCCUGCUGAACCCCCCGCUUCCUUUGGGCACAGAAACUGCUCCGCACAUGGGGAACUGCUGAGAUAUCGCUGUACUGAGGAUGGGGCCCCUGUCUGUGUGUCCUGCUGCCUGGCUGGGGGGCACCGGGGCCAUGGGGUGGAAAUGUUCCCUGAGGGGCAGGAGUGACAAGCAUUUUGGUAUCCUGGCUCCAGAUAUACAGAUAAUGAUGAGUGGGGCAUUUGAUUAUAGGGAUAUUAGCAGUCACUGAGGGGUUCUGUGGGAUAAUGUACCCCCUACUGUAAAUGAUAAGGAUAUUAGCAGUCACUG